GCUGGGAAAGUAUGGCUGAUCCAUGCACUGCCUUUCUUAAACUCGCCUUCAUCUUCAUUGUCAUUGGCUCAGUACCAGAACUGUGUGGAAGCAAGCAAACUUUCACUUUUGUAAAUUACUGCAAUGAAAUAAUAUGGCCUGGGAUAACUCAGAAUGACAACUUCACUAGUGGUAGCUUCACGUUGAAGCCAUGCCAAUUACAAUCAUUUACUGCUCCUACUGGAUGGAGUGGCCGGAUAUGGGCUAGAACAGGCUGCAACUUUGACAAAAACGGCUCUGGCAAGUGCCGAACAGGUGGUUGUGGUACUGACAUAAACUGUACCACCCCAGGAAGCCCACCCACGACGCUUGCCGAAUUCACCCUUGGCGACCGUGAUUUCUAUGAUGUUAGCCUUGUGGAUGGGUUCAACGUGCCUGUAGCAGUGCAGGCUGUUAAUGGCACAGGGAACUGCAGCAGUGUAGGUUGUGAUGGAGAUCUGAGGAAGAACUGCCCGUCGCAGCUAGCCAUGAAGGACGACGGCAAAGUUAUUGCUUGCCGGAGCGCCUGUGACGUCUUCAAAACUGAUGAGUAUUGUUGCACAGGGCAGCAUGGAAAUGCAGGAACAUGCUUGCCUUCAAGCUACUCAAAGAGUUUCAAAUCUGUGUGUCCUGCCGCGUACAGCUAUGCAUUUGACGAUCGAACAAGUAUUAUAACAUGCUCAGGAGCAGAUUUCGUUGUGACAUUUUGUGGAUCCAGGAAUCAAACGGUACCCACCUCCCAUGACAAUCAACGUCAAUGUAAGGCAUCAAAAUCAAAAGCUUAUAAAGCCAUACCUCAGAGCUGGUGGGUCAUGAUGAUGCCAUUGGCUUUCAUGUUCAGUUCAUGGAUCACAUCUUAGCAAAUCAUGCUUGUUGAAGAUCUUUUCAAUGAACACUACUAGUUCGCUUCACUUGAAAUUUCCUGAUUGCUUCCCUUUAUUUUUCCUCAAAGUAAAUUGAAGAUGUCCUCCAGCCGUUUUAUAUGUUAUGUACAUACAUUUUUCCAAGUUAUAAUCACUUCUUUUCUUUCUCUCCUAGCCAGGGCUUUGAUAAGGCAAUGAAUGAAAAGAGGAACAUAUCUAAGAUUAUUUCAUCCUUUUUCCCCCUUUUUGAAAGGGACAAUCACACUCACAAAGUUCCCCCUUCAAAAAGGAAAAAAAAAAAAAAACCAUUGCAAACCCUCUGCAUUGGGGGAGGAGAACUCACACACUCUCACAAACCCACCUAGGGGUUGAAUCAGCAAUCUCCCUUUUUUGCGGCACUGAGCCAUUGGCAAUCUAAGAUUGUUUCAAUCAAUAACAGUUCAAUUUCAGAGCUAGUUUCAAUUU